UGCUUGAACAAGUUUGCUUCCUUCUGUGGCAGUUCUUUCAUGGCGGAAAAAAAAAAAUAAAGAAAGAAAAAACCUCUGGCAAGAGUAUGUCGGAAAGGGACGACUAUUUUAUUUAUUUAUUCAUUUUUUUGAUUCAGUAGAAUGAUCUGGAUUCACUGUCGAUGUUGCCGAAUGUCGGCUCGCAGCUUUGUUCAUGAGUCUAUAAAAUGCUUCGUUCGCAUUACUCCAGUUGUGCUUUUCAAAUGUUGGCUGCCCUUUACCUGUUAGUGAUGAGCUUGGUGUGAAGAAAAAGCUCAUAUCGUGCGUAAAUCUUUUAUUUUGCGGAUCGAAGCAAAUACGAUAAUGAAUAUUUCGUUCACGUUUUCGCCAGAUCUUGGAAGUACGUUUUCGGCGUUUUACGGCUGUAUGAUAUUUCGUAGGAGAGCCACUUGUCUGUCAUACCUUUUCUACCGAUGACAUUAUUUCGGCGAGGCUUCUUACUAGUACUAAAGAAUCUGCAGCCAUCGUGCUUUUUUUGCGGCGAUUUCCCGGUCAACUCCAUGAUUUGUAUUGGUGGGGUCCCAGGUCAGUCUUUCAUUUUCAGGUUUUAUCGUGAUAUUCCUCGCCAGAUGGAGGAGACUCCAUACUUUACACAUGUCAGUGCGUAAUGUACGUCGUCAUCGAGGACUAAGUGUGGAUGAGCAAAUUGCUUUAUUCUAUGACUAAUUCAUCACUUUAGCUACAUCCUUGCCUGCCCACCAGAUCCAUAUCCGAAGAAGACCCUCCACCGCCCAUAAUCGCCAU